CCGAAAUGCCUUGCAAAGUGAAAUUGUGCUCAUGUAGGCUACACGAUAGGUCUUUAAAUAUUCCUUCCCAGUCGACUGUCCCACGACCCUCAAAAAUCCGUUGUUUGUAUUUUUUCCCCCAAAGGUUGACCUUCAUUGGAUUGGCUAGAUCAGCUGUCAGUCAAAUGUGUUCGUGCCUGUUAGGAGCAAAGAGUAAACAGUAGCAUAGCACGAGCAUGCAUUCCAUUUAGUCUAAAUAUAGCGGACACUGUGCAAAAGCCUUACCCACUAAGGAUCUCAACAGACAGAACAGCCGCAAAGAAAGGACUUGUGUCUCACGCCUUUAAAAAAAAAUGAGCGGAUACGUUAAAGAUACGAAAUGGGAGAAAUCCAAAAUGCCUGCGCAUCAAAGUAGAUCCAGGACGAAGGACCGGACCAACGUGCUGAACAGACCGGAGUUCUUGUCACUGAACCAGCCCCUCAAGUGCAACGCAGAGGUCCGGUGUUCAGCUCGGCGGCCGGGCCAGAUGAAGCACCAACAAAGCCAACAGCCCGAGUAUUCACAAGUGCCCACCGAGGGGGGUAAGGACCGGCGUGAGUCUCUGAAAUUGCCAGAGGAAGACUGCAUACAGCUGAACCCCUCCUUCAAAGGGAUAGCGAUGAACUCCCUGUUGGCCAUCGACCUAUGUCUUUCCAAGCGGCUGGGAGUCUGCGCCUACACCUCGUCUUCAUGGGGCAGUGUCCGCUCCAUGGUCACCCUGCUUGCGCUAACGGGGCACGGAAUCACGUGGAUCUGCGGCACGCUUUUCUGUCUCACCAGGAGCAACACUUUGGCAGGACAAGAGGUCUUGGUCAAUCUACUUCUCGCUCUCAUCCUGGACGUGAUGACGGUGGCGGGCGUCCAGAAGCUGGUCAAGCGCAAAGGACCAUGGGAGAUGAGCCCCGGCUUCCUGGACUGCGUCGCCAUGGACACCUACUCGUUCCCGGCGGCCCACGCCAGCCGCGCCGCCAUGGUGACCAAGUUCCUGCUGUCGCACCUGGUGCUGGCGGUGCCGCUGCGCGUGCUCCUGGUGCUGUGGGCCGUGCUGGCGGGCCUGUCCCGGGUGCUGCUGGGAAGGCAGCACCUGAGCGACACGGCCUGCGGCUUCGCCCUGGGCCUGCUGCACUACAGCCUGGUGCAGCGCGUCUGGCUGUCGUCCACCUCCUGCCAGACGCUCAUCUCCAUAGGAACCCUGAGCUGGAGGCCCUUCUACUGAAGCGGGGCACGCCGCCCACUUCCUCUUAUUCCGCGUUCCACUUCCUGUUUUCUGUCUCGCUUCCUGUGCCGCUCUGAGUCCGGGUCUGACUCGCAAGUUUCAAGACACCCUCCCAGCACUGCAAAAACUAAAAAUAUGUCUGUCUCAGUCCUGUGUUUGUGUCUUACGUUUAGACUUAAAAUCUUUUUUUUAUUCCUUUUUUGCUAAAACGUUGCCAAUGAGGUGAGACCAUUUGACUCACGAUUUGCCGAUGGGGUACGAAAAAAUUAAUUUGCCAAGCAAGCAGCAUCUUAAAACUAUCUGCUAUUUUCGACUUGAGAGAAAAAGAAUACGAAGUCUCCUCGCAAGAUUAAAACACAUUAAAACAUUAUUUUGUUCCCUGAUAUAUUUCGUGCAUACUGUACACACCCGUUUUGAUCAUGUUAAAGCUCAUUAAAUCGUCUGUAUGCUCUGGGUUUCCCUCCUGGCUGACAGUGCAGAUCUGCUGAGGUAGAGAGGAAACCUGCAGACUGCUGCUCUGUUCCUGACCUCUGUGCUUGUUUCAAACGUUUGAUGCAAGUCUGCUGUUUUUUUUAACCCAGGCUUGACAGGUUUGGUAUACUAGCUCUACUCUUACAUGACAAAUUGAUGCGAUCCGUGCUGAAAAAACAGCUCAAGCUUUGUUUUGAAACAGCUGGUAGCUGGUUGACCAGUUCAGCUCACAUUGUUUGACCAGCUCAAGCUAUUGAAACAGCUGGUUGACCAGCUACCAGCUCAGACAAGCUCCAGCACUUGCUUGUUGACCAGCUCAUACCCAACAACACAAGCUUUAUGGCCAGCUUGGUCAUGCAGGUUGACCAGCUCAUACCCAGCUAGACCAGCGUAUGAUUUGUUUGACCUGUUGGAUUUUACAGCAGGAAUGCUAGCCUUAGUUUUGCAGUCUCUGGGCAGGUGGAGUAUGACCAGAAAAGGCUAUGCUAACAGCUUGUAGCAGGUAGUUUCCCCUGUAAACAAGUGCUUGUGUGAACCAGAACAGAUCUUUACCAUCUGCUGCAGUAAUAAAAACACAUUUAGCCCAAGAAUCAAGUGUCUACAGAGCAGGUAGAGAGCCAAAGAGUUAGGAUUUUUUUCAUUCCGGGUUAUUUGACCAUUUUUUCCUGAAUCUUAAAAAGAAAUAUUGUGCUGUUUCAGCUUCAUGCUGCAGUGAGUGUGAAGACCCUUCACCUAUAGUGUGUGUAUGUGUGUGUGUGUGUGCGUGUGCGUGUGUGUGUGUGUGUGUGUGUGCAUAUGUGCCAGUAAUGCUUUAUAAAUGUCUUUUUGUUUUUUUCCAGCAUUCAGAGGGGGGGGGUUAAAUGAACAACAAUGGAAACCUGAAAUGUUCUGAAAUAUGCUGUAAAAUCAUAAUAAAAUACCUGCUGUUAGCAUAGCUUAGCUCUGGUCAUGUGACUGAUUUAAUGCCCCCCUCCGCUAAAAAGAACCAAUCAGAAAUUAUCCUCUGUGAUCUCAGCAGUAGAUGACUCAUGUCCUGGUUCGAUAAAACAUUUGGACCACAUUUAUUUGUUAUUUCAGAAUAAUGUUGUCUUAUUAUGCUGGUCUUUUCUUUCACCAUAGCCAGGGCAAAUGUCCAUUAUUUUCUAAAUUGAUACUUGAUGAUAGUUUGAUAGUUUGAACAGAUGGAAGUGUAGGCAUUCUGUCUGCACUGUUCCCGAUUAGCAUUGUGCUAUACCUUUAGCUACCUGGCUGACAUUGUAAAUCAAAUUUUUCUUUUCAUAUCCCAGUGUAUUACACACAGUGUCUGUGUACUGUGUGUAUUAUCCUGAUUCCCUGUAAAGUGACCUUGGGUGUCUUGAAAGGCGCUUUAUAAAUAUAAUGUAUCAUUAUUAUUAUUAUUUAUGGCCAGACUAUAGAUUCCAUUUAUUAUGGUCUUCCCUUUUUCUGAGGUCUGUAGGUUAAAGCCAAACCAUAGACCCACACUGCUUACCUCUUCAUCCGACCAUUCUCUUGGACCGCGUUGCUGGGUGACAACCCUGGACGCAGCGGCUGAUGUCGCACAGACCUGGGGUGUUGGGCUUGCGGAGGUUGACGUGUUUCCGACGUGGAGGAAGGUGUCAUUUCCAAACGCUGAAUUAUUCAAUGAGGCUCGUGUUAUCGUUUUGAUUUUUCUUCUUGUACAUAUUUUAAUAUUGUUGUGAAGAUUUCUGCCUUAGCUCUUUGUCAGCUGAGGUAGGUUUUCUUACUGAGAUUUUGACUUGGUAAGAAUGUUCUAGACUGUUUGAACAUUUUCACAGAAGAUUUAUUUAAAACAAGGGCAGAACGUUUUGUAAGAUUUCUGAAAGUUUGUUUAAAAUGAGCAUGAUUUUGUUGUAUUUGUAAAGAGCUUGAACCUAAUUUCUGAAUGAUGUAAAAUAUUUAACGGACCACAGAUUUUCUUUUGUUUUAUCUUGUUCAUGAGAAUGGGCUGGAGGACUUUUGAUCUGUGGGACGUUUCUGUUUGAGUCUGUACUGUAUUUGUGUGCUGUGCAUGAACCAUGGAGAAGUAAAAG